CCUUUCGUUAUUGUGUUAGUUAAUUCCUCGCACACAAAAACCAUGAAUGAUUGUAGCCACCUCAUAAAAAUCAGCAAUUUCAAAAACGAAGAAUCCGUCUCCUACCCAAUAAUAAAACUUAUCGGAACGAUAGACCAAGAAGGCUCUCCGACUUGUCUAGUCGUAGACGAAUACGUCCGUCUCACUAACAACAAUACCUCAUCGAAACGUGCUAAAAUCAUCAACAACAAAUUCAAAUUUAUUCUCGAACUUCAACACGGCCAAAACGAAUUAAGCUUGACCUACUGUUCAAAAUCCGUCAGGUUUAUUUUGAAUUAUCAAGACAAUAAGUCCGUCUAUAGUGUCCAACCUUUGUACAUAGUUUGCCAAGGACACGACGGAAAAUUUCAAGCGCCCAAACAGGAGAACAACACCAUCGAAAGCGCAUGCAAAAGAAUAUUGUUGGCAUCGAAACUCCUGCAGUGCGUCACUGCAGAGAAACUCUACGAGAACAACUUGGGAAGGAAAACUUUCAAGCUCCAGCCACAAUGCGACGUCUUCCAAAGCGGUUUGAACUAUCUGGAGGCUAGGAAAAUGACUGGCGAACAACUGUGGGAGCAUUUCGGCAGGGAGAUCAUGAACUCCUCAAUCGGCGACACCAAGAAGAAGUAUCUCGCCUUCUUGUCAUGCAGUUGGUAUAAUGGAGACCAGUACAAUUCGUCGUUGAAAACCCACGACGACCUGGUGCGAAUAACUGAUGGAUAUGUCGCACUAGGUGGUGGAGGUUUGGCCCUUUUCGGCACCGCCUGUUUGCACACUUGGCCAGAACGUUUUGAGGAUGUUGUCGAUAAGUUUGAGGAUGCAACUCCCGUUGAUAGGAUUCAAUUUUUAGAUGACAGUUGUUAUAGAGGAACAUACGGAGCGUGUUUCUCAACAACUUUGGGUUCGGUUUUGCACGAACUGUACCACACAUUCAACCUGGGCCACACGAAAGAAGGAAUUAUGGGCCGAGGAUUCGACGACAUCUACAAAGUGUUCACGGUAAUCGAAGGCAAUUCGUCUAAGGACAUUUCCAAAGCUUACCAGAACAAAAUCGAAUUCAAGGAGGAAUUCGAAUCAGAAAAAUUAUCGGAGAGGCUCAAGAAAGAGACGAAAAAGAAGGACUUCAGUAUUAUUAUGAAAUACGAUGAGACUGAUGAUACACAUCUCAACAAAAGCUGUGCUGUAUUACUAUUUUAUCAUAGGUGGUUCAACACGAAUCAGGACGAAUCGGGCAAAUACAAAUUGACCUACGACCCAUUGUCGAAAUUUAUCAAGUCAACAGCAGGAAUCAGAGUGAUCGAAAUUAGGGACCAGAAAAACGAAACCGUCUUAAUGGAUUGGACUUACGAGGGGAAGAUAUUUAAGACGUUCUUCACGUUGCAAGAGUGUCCGAUAGACGUGUGCGAUUCAAAUUUUCUUUUAGUCGUUGAAGACUCGCACGGGAACGUUUUGAAAGAAAAUAUCUAAAUGUUUUUCAAUAUUGGGUAGUCGACAAAAUUAUAUACGAAGAUGUUUGAAUAAAAAACUUACGUUUUAUUCUUCUUCUUCAACGGAGUGAUUUUAGGAGUAGGUUCAACUCUUCCUCGUUAUUUGCUUAUUUGCAGAAUUAAAUACAUUAAAAUACUGUUUUCAAUACGAUUUUAUUGGUUUAGAAACAUAGAAAAAUAUAUUUUUGAGAUGAGAUUAGCUUUAGCUCGUUAAAACGUCUUAAUACAUAUAUAAUAUACAUCGUUCAAUAUUUCUUCUACUUGUAUGUAGAUAUUUUCAAUAAAUUAAUGAUACACAAAUC